UUUGCAUGAGUUGCCAGUGCGGGCUGGGCUGGCCGCUCACUGUCUGUGCGACCGACAGCCCGGGAGGAGGGGACAGAGCCCGACCGAGCCCAGCAGAGCGCACCGCGCAGAGCGCACCGCGCAGCGCGCAGCCCCGGCCCCCUCCCCCGAGCAGCCCCCCACCCCCCUCCCGCCCGCUGUCUGCACCCCGAUAUGGAGCUGCCGGCCGUGGGAGAGCACGUCUUCGCCGUGGAGAGCAUAGAAAAGAAGCGGAUCCGAAAGGGCCGAGUGGAAUAUUUGGUGAAAUGGAGGGGCUGGUCACCCAAAUAUAACACGUGGGAGCCGGAGGAGAAUAUACUGGACCCCAGGUUGUUGAUCGCUUUCCAGAACAGGGAACGACAGGAGCAGUUGAUGGGAUACCGCAAGAGGGGCCCGAAGCCCAAGCCGCUUGUGGUCCAGGUGCCCACCUUCGCCCGCCGCUCCAACGUCCUGUCGGGCCUCCAGGACUCGUCGGCCGACAACCGGUCCAAGCUGGAGCUGGGGUCCUCGGGGAAGGGCCAGGCCCACCAGUACGAGCUGAACAGCAAGAAGCACCACCAGUACCAGCCCCACGGCAAGGAGCAGGCGUCCAAGCCCCCUCCCCCCGGCAAGGGCGGCAAGUACUACUACCAGCUGAACAGCAAGAAGCAUCACCACUACCAGCCGGACCCCAAGAUGUAUGACCUCCAGUACCAGGCCGGCCACAAGGAAGCGCCCAGCCCGGCCUGCCCGGACCUCGGGGUCAAGGGGCACGGGCCGGAGAAAUGGGCCCACACCGCCGGGCCCAAGGCCUACCUGGGGGCCGUCAAGGGCCCCGACAAGACCCCCCCCAACGGCGUGGCCCCCUCCUCCAAGGAGGCCGCCGGCAACGGCCUCGGCGGCAAGAUGAAGAUCGUCAAGAACAAGAACAAGAACGGCCGCAUCGUCAUCGUCAUGAGCAAGUACAUGGACAACGGCAUGCAGGCCGUCAAGAUCAAAUCCGGGGAGGGGACCCCCGAGGCCGACGGGCGGCCGCCCCCGGGGCACCCCAAGAAGAGGGCCGGGGACGAGCGACCCCCGCCCGGGGAGCGGACUUCGAGAAAGGGGGCGGCGGGCGAUGACAAGGCCCAACCGCCGCCUCCGGGCGGGAGGGACGACGCGCCCCCCGCCUCCUGCAGAGGCUCCCCUCCCCGGGACCCCUGUCCGGAGCAGCCCCUGCAGGACCACCAAGCCCGACCUGCCCCCUCUGCCCCCCAGGCCGGGCCCGCCCCGGCCCCGGCCCCGGCCCGCAAGCGCUGCCUGUCGGAGAGCCGGGGCGAGCGGCAGCCCUGCAAAAAGCGCCUGACCCUGCGCAGCGUCAGCACCCCGACCUGCCUGGGGGGCCCGGCGUCCGAGCGACCCCCGGACCCGCCCCCCGAGGUCAUCCUCCUGGACUCCGACCUGGACGAGCCCAUUGACUUGCGCUGCGUCAAGCCCCGAGGCCGCCCGGAGGAGGAGGAGGCGGAGGAGGAGGCGGCGGCGGCGCCCCCGCCGCUCCCGCCCCCCCCCGCCCCGCCGGCCUCCGCGCAGGCGCAGUCGGCGCCCGAGCCGGCCCCGCCCCCCGAGCCGCCCGCCGCCUUCAAGCCCUUCUUCGGGAACAUCAUCAUCACUGACGUCACAGCGAACUGCCUCACCGUCACUUUCAAGGAAUACGUCACGGCGUAGCGCCACGCCCGGGGGGGAGCGGGGAAAGAGAUCGCCGCCAGGGGGCGCGCCGGAGGCCGC